AUGCGUCUUUUGCGGCUUGACGAACCCGACAAAUUUAGCCUAGUCGAACACAAUGGCAAGAGCACUCCACCCUAUGCUAUCCUUUCGCACACAUGGGGCGCGGAUAAUGAAGAGGUUACAUUCAAAGACCUAACAGAGGGUGUCGGCAAGAGCAAAGCUGGCUACAAAAAGAUUCUUUUCUGCGGAACACAAGCUGCUAGUGAUGGCCUACAAUUCUUCUGGGUGGACACUUGCUGCAUCGACAAAUCAAGCAGCGCCGACCUUUCAGAAGCCAUCAACUCCAUGUUCCGUUGGUAUCAGGAUGCAGCCAAAUGCUACGUAUAUCUCGCCAAAUUCUCGAUUGAUGGCUCCGUCAGGAACAACCUGCCCUCUCAGCAGACAUGGAAACCAGACUUUCGGCAGAAUAAAUGGUUUACUCGGGGCUGGACGCUCCAAGAACUUCUUGCUCCGACGUCUGUGGAAUUCUUUUCCGAAGAUGGCGAGCGACUUGGCGAUAAAUCUUCACUUCUACAAGAGAUCCAUGACGCCACAGGAAUUUCCGUUCAAGCUCUCCAAGGAAGACCUCUUUCUCGAUUCAGUGUCGGCGAGCGAAUGGCUUGGACAGAGUGCCGGGACACAAAACGCGAAGAGGACGCGGCAUACUCUUUGCUAGGCAUUUUUGACAUCUCCAUGCCGGCUAUAUACGGAGAGGGACGAAAGAAAGCGUUCGUUCGGUUACAGAAAGAGAUUGAAGAGCUCUCGAGACGGGAAAAGGAGGGUCACGAUAUGCCACGAGUUCCCAAUACCUCAUGA